AUGACCAUCAAGUAUGCCUAUCCAAAAGCUAUUGUCUUUGAUCUUGACUAUACAUUGUGGCCAUGUUGGUGCGACACUCACAUCAGGCCGCCAUUGAAAGCAAUUUCAUCUUCAGAAAUCAUUGAUAGAUCAGGUAUGAGAUUGUCUUUUUAUCCGCAUGUUGAAUCGAUUAUACAAGAGUUGGUUGAGAAUAACGUGAAAAUCAUUGGAGCAAGCCGAACGGCCACUCCCGAAGUUGCCAAAAAAAUCUUAUCUUUGCUCAAGAUAAAUAAUCGAGCAGCAAUCACGUACUUUGACACAUUACAAUGGGGUGCAGGAUCUAAGAUAAAGCAUAUUAAACUUGCAGCGAAGCAAUUAGGAAUGACAGAGGAAUUGAAAAAUGGCAAUUUCAUAUUAUAUGACGAUGAACUCAGAAACCGUGAUGUAGAAUCCAUAAAUUGUUUAUUCGUCCAUGUUCCAGACGAGUCCGUCGGCUUGACUAAGCAAGUGUUUCAAGAUGGAUUGGAGAGAUGGUCCAAGUUUCUGCAGUGA